AGAAAACCCAUUAAAAUAAAUCCCUAAACAUGGUUUUUGGAAAUGACUGGAUGGAUGCUGCCCACAGCACUGGUACCACUAUCAUGGCCGUGGAGUUCGAUGGUGGUGUUGUCAUUGGUGCCGAUUCACGUACCAGUACCGGAGUCUAUGUUGCAAACAGAGUCACCGAUAAAUUGACACGCAUUACUGACAAAAUCUAUUGCUGUCGCAGUGGUUCGGCUGCUGACACCCAGGCUAUUGCCGAUAUUGUUGCCUACUCACUGAACUAUCAUGAAAAUCAAACAGGCGAGGAGCCUUUGGUUGCGGAAGCUGCUUCCGAAUUCCGUAACUAUUGUUAUAACUAUAGAGAUUCAUUGGUAGCUGGUAUCAUUGUGGCCGGUUGGGAUAAAAAGAAUGGCGGUCAGGUGUAUUCGAUACCAUUGGGCGGUAUGUUGAAACGUGAAGCCUGCACAAUUGGUGGUUCGGGUUCGAGUUAUAUUUAUGGUUUCGUAAGGGAAUUCUUUAAGCCGAACAUGAAGAAGGACGAUUGUGUGGAAUUCGUUAAGAAAGCCGUCCGCCAUGCUAUGUAUCACGAUGGUAGCUCCGGUGGUGUUGUACGUAUUGGCAUUAUUACACAGGAUGGCAUUGAACGUAAAUUAUUCUUCAACACUGAAUCUGGUGAGGCCAUCGUUGCCGGUCAAUAA